AUGGCUGCUGAUGCUAUUGUAACAGAAUCUGGAGCUUUACAUGUUGCUGGGGUACCCUUUGUUAAUCCAUCCACUGUAGUUGUUUGGGGAGUGAUGCCAGGUCUUGGAAAUGGUAUUCAGGCAACUGCGAAGAUAAAUGCAACAAGUUCUGUUCCUCCGUCUCUGAAUCCCCCUUCAUGGCCUGGUUUUGCUCCGCUAGCGGCCUACCUAUUUUCUUUGCAAGAUUAUCUUGUUUUCCGAAGAAGGCAAUCGCCAAGGUUACUUGCAAAUUCGCAAAAAAAUCAAGAUUCUGCUAUCCAGAAAAUACAGCACAUGAUGAAUGCUAAGACAGAGGACAACAGUACGACAGUAAGAUCUGGUAUAGGGGCUGCCAAAGUAGAAGAUGGCCAGUCUACGCUUGGUGGGCAAUUUGUUCUUGGUGCGAAGGGUGCUGAAGAAAAUCCGAUUGGAAAAUCUGUUAGAAUAGGUUCUGGCAACGCUGGGCAAGAAGAAUGGCACAGACGCAACAUGUUUGGUGGACCCUGGUCAGAACCAGAUGAUUUUGGUCCAUUGGACAAUAUGCCUCGUCUAAAAAUUAGUGGUUCCAUCAACUCUCAUUUGUCUGACAUGGAAGAGGAUGCUGGCAGUUCCAUUGGGAUUCAUAGUCUUUGGCCAAGAAAGUGUGGGUUAUCUGAAAGAGAGGCGGCAUUUGGUCUGAAAACAUCUGUAGGUCUUGGAGGUUAUCUAGGUGUCAUGGGAUCUCGAAGUGAUGUUGUCACGGCUGUGUGGAGAACAGGCCUUGAUGGUGAAUGGUACAAGGUAUGGGAAAUAAGAAGGGUUAGGGUUAGGGAUAGGGAAAUCCAAACCAAGCGGGAGGGGUGGAGUUACGAUGGGAAAUCCACCGCUCGGGCCAUCGCAGCCACACCUCGCCUAGCUGUGCGAGACGCCGAGCCGACAGAGCUGCAGGCCGUCGCUCGCCUCGGAGACACCGCGCCACCGGAGCAGCCGCCGCUUGCCUCAGCUCGGAGACGCCGCGCCGCCGGAGCAGCCGCCGCUUGCCUCAGCUCGGAGAUGCCGCGCCGCCGGAGCCACCGCUCACCUCGAAUGGGCCAAGGCCAUUUGCAUGCUGCCACCGCUCACCUCGAAUGCCACCGGAUGCGUUGGAGCAGGAGCAAGCCAAGGCCAUUUGCAGCUGCCAGCGUUGGAUGCCUGUCUUUCCCCCUGUCUUCUGUCAGAUGA